AUGCUGCUGUUUCUUGUGUGGUGUUCUUUGUUCCUUGGUGAUGAACGUGUGCGUGUGCAUAUUCGACAAGGUCGUGGUGCAAAGGAUGAACAGCGGGGAGGUGGUGUUGGGUGGUGUGGAUUGGGCACAUUUGUCCAUCUCGAGUCCUUCAUUGCUGGCUCUUUGGAGCUAGCUCGUCCCGUCGCGGGACAGCCGGGCAGGUCCUUGGUCCACCACCAGGUCAGCUGUCAGACUAGGGUCCCAGCACAAGUUUGUGCAAAGUGGGAUGUCAACUUGCCCCUGCCCGCUGUGUUAUUGUGGACACGGCACCCAGAACGAGCGUAUUGGCAACCCAACCAAGGCAAGCUCGAUGGGGGGAGGAGCUCUUUCUGUCACUUGUCCUCGAGUCGGGUGAAGGACCAGACCAGCCGUGGGAAGCUCCACAGAAGCAUGGCCGCAAACUUCUGUGGCACCUUUGUCUGUGCGGCUGCAGGCACUGCACUGAUGCGUACAGCGCAUGUCGCCUUAUACUUUGGGGAGCUUUUCACAAUUUUGUUCCCUGUUGGUUUCUCAUCAUUCAGCUUGGACGUCGUUUUCAACGUCCCAACGCCAACUUUCCAGUGUAAUUUACCUAACGUUAUUAUUUCCACAUUCUUCUUGUCAGUCCCUCCCAUUCAUGAGGAUUGUAUCGACACAAGAGACUGGGUCCGUCAGACAAUAGGGGUGUGGUUCUGUCUGGGUAAUGCAUUCACAAAAGGCGCUCGGACGGCGGCUGUUCCGACAAGCUAA